AUGGGGACCUCGUCACCUCCAUUCCUUUAUGAUCGCCCGGGUAAUUACAGUUUCAAGGGCCCGACCGAUCGCGGGUUCAACCCGAGGGCCGCAACCGAGGCAAGCUGGGCUCAACCAGUCGAAAAGCCCAAACAGAAAGGGCCCUUGGUGAAUUUCAACCGGCACCCCGAUACGUGGGGUUCUUUUAAUACGGCCACUUCAUUUACGCCGAUGAACCCAAGAACCAAGGAUCGGGUGAAAUAUGCACGGACAACUCAAUUGGCUCUCCGUGUGGUCACUCUUUUGGGCGCUCUAGGCUCUUUGUUCUGCGCGGUUGUUAUCAAAGGAGCCGCUGCGACUAUUAUUUGGAUCAUACGCGCCGGCCCAAUUGUCGCGAUCCUCCAUACAAUCUAUGGUAUUGUACACAAUUCUCGAUCUGUGAUCAACAGACCCGCCGGAUCCCAAGCCAGCUAUGGCGUGUUUGCAUCGACUCUUGACUUUGGACUCGUCCCCUUCUACGUCUUCACUGCAUACAUCGCGUAUGAAGAAUGGAUCAACAAUGCAUACAACUGGGGGACUCUUUUCAACAACAGUGAUAUUACACCUACACUGACCGAAGCUACGUUCAUUCUGGCCCUCGCAAAUGGUGCUUUUCACCUCGUGUCUCUCGCCAUCUCUAUCUUCUUGGCUGUAACGUUCCGCAAGAUCGGCCAACUGCCGCCUGACAUGAACCCCCUCGAGGAUAAUCUGACUGCACGCCCCCGUAAGAGUCGCAAGGACGCCGACGUGGAUGAAAAACACCUUAGCCAGUCGACUAUGAACUCUUCAUUCGAGGACCCGCUCAUUGGAUCUCCUCGGAGUGUGCCAUUCUUCCAUACACGCGACCAAUCUCUAGGCGACUCUAACCAUGGAUCAAUGACUAUGGCAGAGGAGCAACGGCAAUCCUACCCCCCAGUCCUUCAUCAUCGCCUCUCUCACUUGGAAUCCCCCACAGAACCCUCAAGUCCAGAAAUGCUUUUCCAUCACCCUGCCAGUCAGCCAUUUGACUUGACAUCGACAUCACCAACCCCCACUCCGGAGUACAGGAAGGUUGCCUCCCAUGCUCCAGAAAUUAUCAAUGCCACUGCUCAAAUGCGUCAUCUGUCAUCUCGCACUGCCGACCGAUCGGAUACCGUCAGCCCGUUGUCUGACAAUUGGGUCGCUUACUCGGAGCGAUCGUUGUCUCCGGAAGCGCAGAACAUGAAUGAAAACACUCUCCACCAGUCCUCCUCCGUUUACAGCCGCCAGACCGAAAAAACUUCGAAUUCGACCGGCAGCGGCAUUCGAGAUUGGUUUGCCUAUGGGUCCAAACCUACGCCCAGCAUUGGAAGUGCUAUUCCAGAGGAUGUUCGCGGAGAGUAUUCUUCGCUCGCCAUGCACGAGUACUACGGUAUUGAUGAUCGCGAUUACGAGCAAGAUGUUGGCGACCAGCGCAUGGAUAUUUUCCCUGACCCGGAGGAGCAUAACGAUGACUUUGCUGACAAUCGUGAUGACUCUAUUCCAUUCAACCCUCUUAUGCUUAAUCCACCGACCCCUCAGCCUAUUUUGACUGAGAUCUCCGAGAACACCGACCCUGUUCGACGUGUCGCCUUGAGCGACCAUCCCAAUCUUUCAUACAACGAAAACUCCCAACCCGUCUCCGUUCCACACGAGAGCCCUAAACUUUCUUCGCCCAAGACUCGCUUCUAUGGUGAGCUUGACGUAGAUGGAAAGCCAGGACUCGGUCUGGAUCGUGAGCCUAGUGUCCAGCUAGCCCGAAAGCCCACCAAGUUGACGAAGAAGCAAAGCAAGAAGAUGUCUGCCUACGCUGCCCUCAAGAAGGACGACAGCGGCGACGAAGCUGGAUACCUCUCUCCCAAGAUUCCUACUUCCCCUCGUGCUAUCGAGGGUGAUCGCAAGGGCCGCGUUGUGAGCAACACUGGUGCAGACACGGCCAGACCUGGUAUUGCCGCUGGCGUCGGGGCCUCUUUGUCCUCGUAUGGCAGCUACAUUGCCGGUUUGGGCGUUGGACGUCGCCGUGAUGUGAGCGGUAAAGUUGCCGAGGAAGGUCGCAGUGCACCACUUGUCGAAGAACCCGUCCCGAACUUGACCCCAGCACCCUCGCCGACUCGGGCAGCGGGAUGGGCUCGCUUUGCUGGACUCUAG